UUUAUUUUCUACCGAUUCAACUUGAAUUCAACUUCAACUUACAAAUUACAGAAUAAUUCCAUCUUUCAAAAACUUUAAAUAUUUUUUUACGCUUGCUAGUAAUUCCUUAAGAAGAUAAGAAUAUACGAAAUGGAAAUGUCUAGGUUUUCCGACACUUCUCCUGAUUCAUUAGAGAACCAGAAAUCCACCCGCGUAAAAACAUUUAUACUGCCAGACAAAUGCUUCGAGAAAAAUGUUGCAUGUGCCUGGCGACGGGGGAACAAGUUUACGAUAUACCCGCGCGGGCAAAAGGCCGGCACAACAACAGAUGCAUGCGAUGACAAAAUUUUAGACAUACAACAAGAAAUCCUGCUGUUUAUGCCUAUUCUCCGCAAAUUAGUCAACGAAGCAAAUGGGACAUUCCUGUCCUUGCAGAGAGCAGUUGAAGCGGCAAAGACGUCGGACAAUCCAGUUGAAUUUUUGAAAUUGUCUCGUCAGUACCGUUCUAUCCUCCGAGUAUGCAUGGAGGGUUUACAAGAAGCCGAACAAAAGGAAACAGACGGUGUCGAAAGCAAAAGUCUCCAAUCAUACAUAACUAUAUUCUAUUCAAUUGAGUGCAUUUGGCAUUUAUGUGAGAUACUAUAUAUAGAUGUCAUACCAGGGGAAGUUGUUCUGCCAUAUAUAUUGGAGUGGGUCAGGUUCCAGUACCCAUGUCACGAGCAGUGUGCAGCUGUCAUGUUAGAGGCGUGUGAGCGAGGUUCGGAAGAUAAUCCCGAUUAUUGGGACACAGUGACGGGUAUGGUUAUUCAAGGAAGAAUAGAUGUGGCAAGGGCACUGCUUAAGCUUCACUCAAAUUCUGAUAGCAAUGAGUUUAAGUUACUUGAUAAUUCAUUGAGGACUAUGCCAACAUACAGUGUUUACAGUGGGAUUUCAAGCGGAGAGUUCACAAUAUCAUGGAAGCACUGGCAGGCAGAGUGUCGGUCGAAGCUGACCAGCCGAGUUUUAGCUCAGCAACCACAGUUGGAACUUAUUUUGAGGAUAAUGAUCGGAGACUACACGGCAUUUGAGAUAAUACGCACCAAAUAUACUUCAUGGUUUGACGUGCUUGGUGGUUGGAUUCUGUUCACCAUGCCCUGGGCGAAGCGCCGGGAGCUGUCGAGUGCUGCCGCGGCGUGCGCUGGGCUGGCUACCACUACGAGGACACAUUUGGAUGUUAUUGUACAGGCUGCGCUUGAAGGUGACCUGCAUCAGGUUAUACAUGAAAUACAACAAAUAUCAGACAACGGCUGGUUCGCCACUCACCUCACUGAUAUGCUCUACCACUGCGGCAAGCUGCAGAUAAUGGAUAAGCACCAAGUUGAUGUCACAACUCGCCUUCGAGAUAGUCUUAUUCUAGAAUACGGUUCACUAAUGAUGGAGCAUAAAUCUCUAUGGUCGGUGGGGCUUUCGUACUUGGUGACAUGUCCUCCAGAGGGUCUGAAGAGAGCCGAGUUGCUGUUGGAGAGGAUCCCGUUGGAUUCAGAGGCGAAAGCUAUGAGAAUAAUUGCCGAGGCUAAUAAAUAUGGAUUGCUUGAAGUCGUGCAGACGGUGUGCGGCUGCAUGUCGACGCGGCGGCUGGGCGCGGGGCUGGCGGGCGGCGCGCUGGCGUGGGGGGGGCGCGCGCGCUCGCCGGCGCUGUGCCGGCGCGCCGCCGCGUGGGCGCUGCGCCGCUACUGCGACGGCGCGCGCGCCGAUUUGCUGCCCGCCGCCGGCGCCGCGCUGCUCGUGGACGACACGCUGCUGCUGCUGGGUAAAUACUGUGACUUCCAUAGACUAUACAAUGCCAGGGAGUUCAAAAAAGCUGCCAAGUUACUGAUCUCAUUGAUAACUUCAAAGAUUGUGCCUGACUAUUUCUGGGAAACCCUGCUCCUAGACAGUUUGCCCCUACUCGAGACUGAGACACCAGUACUGUCUGCUGAAGACACCUACGAAAUUAUGCUGUGCCUCGAGCUUCGCGCCGUCCACCUCGACGGAGAGAAGGCUGAGCUGCUGCGACUGGCGCUGGUCAGGAACCUGGCGAGGACAGCGCUUAUGAACGAUAAGGAAGAAGAGUAGCGUGAAUGUGAAUCAGCACUGGAAUCAUGGUGUGCGUUGUAACUGGAAAAAGUUAAAGGGAUGUGUUGAUAUGAUGUUAGUGAUGCGUCAAUGUGUUUCAUUAUGUACUAAGUAAAUAAGUUAACAUGAACUGUUGAUACUACAGUGUAUUUUUACAUUUCUAAUUUUUUAUGUAGUAUCUAAUAACUGAAUUUUAAAUACUUACUGAAAAUGUUAAGUAUCUCUUCUAUUUAGUAUUUUAUACAGUAUAAACCAAGCCACCAAAUUUUUAUUAACAAUUAUAGGACAACUUAUGAAUGAUUUGAUACUUGAUUAAGAAAUCUGGAUGAGGAAAUUGAUAAAUUAAUUUUUUCAUGAGAAACAUAAAAAAAGCUUGUGUGUCAAAGUAAUAAUAAGCUAAUAAAGAGGUUGAAUAUG